UUGCGAAUGGCGAAGGAGGCGGGUCGUUAGUCUACGCGAGUGAUUUCUCUUUCGUUUCCUACGAAAAACAAUAAAUGCGAAGAAGUUUUUUUUUUUAAUUAUUUCGUUCGUAUAUUUAUAUAAUGACGAACGGAAAUAUUUGGUUAUUUAUACUCGCUCUGUGCUGUUGUAUAAGUUUAAUUAGAAGUAAUGAUUCUGCCGAUAUUAAAUUAGAUGAAAAAGCCAAGAAACUACAUCAGAUUGAUUCUCUUAAUAUUUUGGCUUACGUUUUCUUAUUAAUUCUAACCGUCUGCACCAUUUGGUUUUUUAAAAGGAGGAGAAUUCGUUACUUGCACGAAACUGGAUUAGCUGUUAUUUAUGGAUUGUUAAUGGGUGCCAUUAUACGUUAUGCUGGUGAAGAAUCAGAAGUUACACAUUUGACAGUUAACUCACCUUCUGAAAAUAGAUCAAUACCUCCUGAUAAUAUAUAUCUUCCUAUGCUUGUAAAAAUGCCAACAGGAAACCAAGAUAAAUUAAAACAGAUCAAUAAAACAUAUGCCUAUGUUUUUAGAGGUGAACUGACAGAUGUAUCAAGUAAAAAGUUAGAUCAGAAGGCAACUUUUGAUCCAGAAAUAUUUUUCAACAUCAUUUUGCCACCAGUCAUAUUUAAUGCUGGAUACAGUUUAAAAAAACGAUAUUUUUUUAGGAAUCUUGGAACAAUUAUGUCAUAUGCCUUUCUUGGAACAACAAUAUCCUGUGUAGUUAUUGGAGGAGUAAUGUAUUCAUUUCUUCAGCUGAUGUCAUAUUUGCAGUUUUCCUUCACAGAUUGUCUUUACUUUGGAGCAAUUAUAUCUGCAACAGACCCUGGUAUUUAUCUUUAUUUUAAAAGAAAAUGUUUAAUAUUUUUUAGAUCAAUCUCCAGUUAUGUUGAAAAUUUUCAAGGACAGAGUGGAUUUGAAGCAUCUUCAGCAUUUAAAUCACUUGGAAAUUUUUGUUACAUAUUUUUAUGUUCCUUUUUAAUUGGUUCAUUAAUGGGAUGCAGUACAGCAGCACUAACAAAAUUUACUAGGCUUUGUGAGUUACCUCUACUGGAAUCUUGCCUAUUUUUUCUGAUGUCUUAUAGUACUUUUCUGAUGGCAGAAGCAGCUCAACUUACAGGAAUUGUUGCUGUUUUAUUUUGUGGAAUUUGCCAAGCUCACUAUACAUAUAACAAUUUAUCAGAUGAAUCAAGAGCAAGAACAAAACAGUUGUUUGAAUUACUAAGCUUUCUAGCAGAAAGUUUUAUCUUUACUUACAUUGGUGUUUCAAUGUUCACAUACAGAAAACAUACCUGGAAUUUUGGUUUUAUUUUAAUUGCCUUUCUUGCUAUUGCUAUUGGACGAGCAUUAAAUAUUUAUCCAUUGACAUUCCUUGUUAAUUUGGGAAGACAUAAUAAAAUACCAUUAUCAUUUCAACAUAUAUUAUUUUUUGCUGGUCUGAGAGGAGCUAUUGCAUUUGCAUUAGCUAUUAGAAAUACUUUAUCAGAGCAGCGACGUUUAAUUUUAACGACUACCUCUCUCAUAGCCAUAGUCACAGUUAUUAUUUGUGGUGGUUUUACUACUACUCUUCUUACUUGGCUAGGAAUUCCGUAAGUUUAAAUUUAUUUU